AUAGAUACUUCCGACCCGGAAGACACUAAAUGGCCAGCAAAACAAUACAAAACCGAAUGAGUUAACGACCGAUAACUUAUGUUUUAGUGUAUACUGCUGUUUUGGCUCAUAACAACAAACAUCUUUGUGUAAAAUCGACCUGUCCCUGUAUCCAUGGAGACCCCAGAGCCCGGUCCAGCGGAUGGAGAGGAGCGAUUGGUCGAGCUGAGGCCUCGGACUCGCUCCAACCCGGAGGGGGCGGAGGACCGUCGUAGCAGCACCGGUAGCCUUGGCAGCGUCAACGCCAACACCCCGCAGCCUGCGGUGGGCAGCCGUGUGGAGGGCGAGGGGGAGGCCUCUAGCAGUGACAGUACUCCGAUCUCCACCACCAUCACCACCACCGUUUCUGUUACCUCCGUGCCAGCUGCUCCACCCACGGCAGCCACAACGGCUAACUCCACAAUGCCAACCCCGACACCUGCUGUUGCCAAGGAUAGGCCUAAGCCCGCCCAGCUGCAACCACCUCUCACACCCUCCAUACCCUCCAUAUCGGAGUACCAGCUCAGAGCCCCACGCGUCAACUGUCCUGAGAAAGUGAUUAUUUGUUUGGAUCUUUCUGAAGAGAUGUCUUUGCCAAAGCUGGAGUCGUUCAACGGGUCGAAAACCAACGCUCUAAAUAUAUCUCAGAAGAUGAUCGAGAUGUUUGUUCGGACGAAGCACAAGAUCGACAAGCGCCACGAGUUUGCCCUGGUGGUUGUCAACGACGAUGCCCUGUGGCUGUCAGGUUUCACCUCCGACCCCAGGGAGCUGUGCAGCUGUCUGUACGAUCUGGACACUAACAUGUGCGAGACCUUUAAUCUGGAAGAUCUCCUUAAUGUCAUCCGUCAGAAGAUCGAGCUGCCUCUGAUGGACAACGUGCAGACCAUCCCCCCUCCCUUUGUGGUGCGGACGCUGCUCAUCUACAGCAGACACGCCGGCCAGCUGAUGUUCAACCCCUCGGAGGCCAUCAGUAAAAUGCUGCAGUCUCCGUACUUCUUCUUUGAUGUGGUGUACCUUCACAACGGGGCCGAGGACCAGGGGGAUGAGAGCAGCUGGAGGGACAUCUACACGUCCUUCUGUAACCUGGACUCCAAGGGCAUGUGCUACCGCUUUGAGGUGUCUCUGAGCGGACCCGCCAUCGAGCUCCACAACUGCAUGGCCAAGCUGCUGUCUCACCCCUUACAGCGGCCCUUCCAGAGCCACGCGUCCUACAGUCUGCUGGAGGGAGACGACCCCCAGGACAUAGAGGCCACGGUCUAACCCUGGCAGAGAGCCACAUGGUGGGGCUUGGAGGUAGGGAUUGGGAGGGGUGGUGGGUGUUGGUCCUGGUUUCCAGCCCGGUGCUGGUACAUUUGAGUAGAAUUCCAGCCAAACCCUCGCUGUCCUGAUUCACGUCCUUAAAGAUGAAUUGGAUGUGCUGAGCUUGGAGGGGUGGUGUUGUGGAGCGCUGGACUAACUAGAAUGCAGGCCAAGAGAAACUGACAAGGGAAUAAGAUGAGUCGCCCCAUCUGGUUGAAACCCAAGCGGCUGUGUUUGCAGUCUUAAUGAAUGAAAUCUCCCAGCAGAGAGCAAACGUAUUUCCAUGGCUGGCUUUUUGAGAAUUUGAAAUGUACGCUAUACUGUAUUUAAAGAGUAUAAUUGCUGUACAGGCUAACUUGAGGUUGGACUUGGAAGCUUAGCUGAACAUGUCCACUCAAUGUAAACUGUGAUCCAUUUUACACCUACAUCCUAUAGUGGGUUUGCCUUGUCUGAUAAGUUGUUUAUUGUACAUUGUCCUUUCUGCUAGGUUGACUUCUGUUAGUCUUUUUUUUUUUAUUAUUAUUAUUAUUUUUUAAUACAUUUUUUGUUGUUUAUUCAUUGGAACUGAGAUGAUUCAAGAAUGUGCAUUUGGUGUGGGUUGGAUAGAUGAUAAUGAUCACAGAGGGGUUUUAAUAAUGAAAACACUGUACUAGAAGUGUGAUAAAUCGACAAGGCAGUUUCAAACUGUUUAUGUUCAUUAAAUUCAUGUUUUGUCUCAAAACACUGUUGUGGUCUCCUUUGUGCUUGCAGGUAUCCACCAGCAGGUAGCAGUGUAUGUCUUACAGCCCUAUAGAGACCCAGCAAAUCACUUAUGUCCCCAUAGUGGACUAGUAAGUUUGAGACUGUACUGCUCUUUCUACUGAUUUAUUUUGUUCAAAGAAGAGACAUUUUUGGCCGAGGCCCUAACUUUUAGGAUCACAGCAAAUGGCCUGUGAUUUCUAAUAAUGUAUUGAUUUAGCAGCCACUUUUAUCCAGAGCAACGCACAGUACGAUGAGGAUUUUGUGACGUCUUGAUUUGCAGUCAAACGCUUUAAGCGCUGCUCAAAGCUGGGGAACUGAGUCAGUAGCAAGUUUCUAACUUUACAGUGUUUGUUUAUCCGUGUACAUGUGAAUCUGUCUUAUUUCAGAAUCGUCACUUUAGUGUGUCCUCUGGGACUGCAAACGGGUUAUCUUUUAUAGGAAUAUCCGAUUGCGAGAGAUUGGUAAUAUAGCUACCGGAUCCAAACUUUGUUACAACUUCCCUAAAAUCUCAGUCGUAAACAAUAGAACUGAGAAUUAAACGUACGCAUCUCAUACUUGGCAUCAUAAUAAGCGUAUUUGUCCUCAAGGUGUACGUUUCCUGUUUUUGUUUGUUCAGGCUUUUUAAUCAGAGUUCUGUCACAACUUUUCUGUCACUUUUAAAACACCUCCAUAAAUUAGACUUUCCGUUGAGGACAGGUUGGCAGGGAGACAAUGGCGGGGAGGAAAAGCCCUGGCUCGGGAUUCUUCCCCUCGCACACCCCCUCCCAGACGAUCCUCGGAGCUCCCGACGUCAUCACCGCAAACGACUGCGUGUGGGGAUCAAACGUGCCGCGACGCCUUCUGUGCUGUGGGGAAUAUUUGUUAUUCCCUCAUCCGAAAAACGGAUGACAGGUCUCCAUUGUUGUGGCGUCUCUCCUCUUCACGCUGAUGGCUCCUUCCCGCGUGUUUCAGGAUGUGACGCCUGGGCUGCAUUGUUCAUCAUCCACAGGCCAGUGUGGAAUGUGAUCAGGAAUUUGUAUUUCCGGUGAGUCUCAAUAAAAAGUGUUUUUAUUAAAGAAACACAUGUGCAGUG